AAGGAAGUAUUACUACGCUUAAAAUCUCUACCGACGAAACAGUUGAUCAGUUAAGGAUUAUGAUUAGAGAAAGGUGGCCAUCCUUAUUUGAAAAUAUUCCUCCUGCCGAGUUUUUACUCUGGAAGAUCAAUGAUACCAGGGGAGAUACAUCAAUUGAAAGUCAAAUUGGUGAAUAUGCUCGUGAAGAACGUCUAAAUGAAACAGAAAUGCUUCCACACAA